GCAACAUAAAGAGAGUCGGUACGAAGAAGAUGAAGUCUUCAGGGGGCAGUAGGAACCUGCAGGCCUCUCCGGACGAGAUCAAACAGAGGAAAGUCCUGGACCUCAGGAGAUGGUACUGUAUCAGCGCCCCCAGUACAAGACGUCAUGAGGGGGCUCUUAUUGUGUGUAUUUUCAGUCUCCCACCCAUCUCCCAGGAGGGGGCUCUUCAGAUCCUAGGCUUCCAGCCUCCUUUUGAGGAGAUUAAGUUUGGUCCCUUUACAGGCAACACUACUCUGAUGAGAUGGUUCAGGCAAAUCAAUGACAAUUUCCAUGUCCGAGGAUGUUCCUAUAUUCUGUACAAACCCCACGGGAAACACAAGACAGCGGGGGAGACUGCUGAGGGGGCGUUGUUGAAGUUGACCCUGGGGUUAAGAGAUGACACCAUGGCCUAUAUUUACCACUGUCAGAACCACUACUUCUGUCCUGUGGGCUUCGAGGCCACACCUUUCAAAGCAGCCAAGGCCUACAGGGGUACAUUACCAACUAAUGAAAUGGAACACUGGAUCCUGAUUGGUGAAACUCAAGCAGGAAACACCCUGCUAUUCACUGUAAAAAGUACGAUCCUUUCUGACUUCUAA